UCUUGUUAUGCAGCAAAAGUGAAAGUAAGACAGACCAGGAAACUUUUAAGUCGUCGUGCACGAGGCAGGUUAGAUUUUUAAGAACAUCGCCUUCCUAACACAGAGAGAACCCCAGUAAACCUCACCGAGGGAUAAUAAGCUGUCAUUGUGCCAUACAGGUAAGUGUAAAGAAGAAGAACAGAACAGAUUUUAAAAGGAAAGUCCUUUACCGAAGGCGCUGAACAGCUGAUGGAGUCUAUCAUCAGAGACUUUGAGGCCUCUGUAUCACUGAAGUUGGGUCUGUGUGCAGAAUAUACAGAAGUAAGAACACAUGGCUUCUACAACACGGUCUGCCUCAGAUUACAUCAAGAAUCAAAGAUUUCACCUUGUGGAAAAGAGUCUUUUAAAGAAUCAUUCAGUGAUUCUGGAGAACUUGAAUCAGGAGAACUCGGAUAAGAAAAAAGUUUUAAGUGAUGAGGAGGUCUGUGAAAUAGAGCAAGCAGAGAAAACUGACUACAAUAAAACCAGAAGAAUACUGGACUCAGUCAUUAAAAAAGGAGAAGCAGCCUGCUAUGAGUUCCUCAGGAUUAUUUACAUGACGAGGAAGAGGACAUUAGAUCCUGACCUGCACCCCUGGAUCAGCUGCUUUCCUUUCAAAGAAGACACAGAAAUGGAUACAAACUACUUACAAGGCUCAAGGCCAUGCCUCCGAUAUCAGGGAAAGUUGAAGUCAAAAGCACAAAAAAUAUCAGAUAAGUUUUGGAUGGCAAACAAAAAUCAGUUUAAAGGAAACAACAAGUCUGAUCUGUCGUAUAUGUCACUUGUGUUAGACACACAAGGAAAGGAUUCUCCAUCUAAAAUAAAGAAGUUAAAGAACAAGAAAAUGAAAAAGAGUCGCCCUAAAAAGCUACGGACAUACAUCCCUGAGGUCAAGGCAGACAUUUCCCCCAGUGACUUGCUGAAAAAACAUGAAAACAUACUCCUGGUUGGUAAACCUGGAAUUGGAAAGACAGCACUCGCUCAUGAAAUGUUAAAACUCUGGGCAGAAAGAGACAACAAGGUGCUCGAUUACAUGUUUUACUUUGACAUGAGAGAAACAUCCGACAUCAGGAAGGACACAAGCUUGGAGGAUCUUCUCUUCAGUGUGUUCAGUGAACCAGAUGAAGGCAAAGAAGAGGUCUUACAGGACAUUAAGCAGAACUGUGACAAUGUUACACUCAUCUUUGAUGGAGUCAAAGAUCUGUGUUCUUCAUCAGUGGUGAAGAGACUUGUAGAGAAGGACCUACUACCUGAUGCUACAGUCAUCGUGACUUGCAGACAGGAUGAUGAGGAAGAGUUUGCUUCUGAGGACUAUCUCAGAGUGGAAGUAAAAGGCUUUAGUGAGCAGACUAUAAAAACAUACUUAUCUGCAAUGCUCGGGGAAGAACAGAAGAAGGUUUUGAGCAACGUGGAGUUGUUAACUCUGUGCCAUGUCCCAAUGUAUGCAUUGAUGGUGGCUGUCUGCUUUUCAUUUGAGACACCAGAAGACUCUCCACAGCCAUGCACCAUCACUGAAAUCUACAUCAAUAUCGUUCGUAUUUGCCUUCAAAUAAACAGCAAAAACAUGAAAAAAAGAAAUCUAAAUGACUUCAUCAAAAACAAGAGUAAGGAAAUACUGUCUUUGGCUGAGGCUGCUUUUCAUGCAACUGAAGGAAAAACUGUGAACUUGAUAGAACGUCUCUUUGAAGACAGCUGUGUCCUUUGCUUUCUGAAAGCACUUUUUGUUGAAGUCGCCCACACUGAGACAAAAGCCACAUAUGCAUUUCUCCAUUACACAAUGCAGGAGUUUUUUGCAGCUCUGUGGCUCUUGAAGAAUCCAGAAAAAAUCCAGGAAGUUUUUCAGCAAUGCUUCACUAAGGAGAAGAAACACAUGAAACAUCUGAUCCCUUUCAUGUGUAGAUUGUUGAAUGAGAAGAGCCCCAGUUUGAUGAAUUGUCUGAUUCCAGCUCAGGAGCUCAAGAAUACAUCUAACUGGUUCUUCAAGGAAAUGAUCACCACAUUGUCCAACAAUAAGCUUGAGGUGGACAUACUCUUCCUCUGCCAGUGUUUGUAUGAGUCCCAGUGUCCUGAAGCAUGCGUCCACCUUCUGGACAAACUGGGCUACCAUCUUGAUCUCAGUGGAGGGAGUCUUGAUGCUUACCCUUGCUGUGCUGUGGCCUAUGUGAUCACUCAGUCAAAGGAGAGGAAAAUAUCCCUGGACCUUGAGGACAUCACAGUGUCAGAACAAGGAAUGACACGACUAUUUGGAUGCCUGGAAAAUGUCCAAUGGUGUGACCCUCUGCCACAGCAGCUUUGGAGGACUUUUCUUCUCAGUGAAGGGCAGAUGGACCCCAUCAGCUUACUUGGCCUUGAUGGAAAUCGGCUGCACCUUCCAGUUGAGGGUAAAAGACAGCUGUUUGAAAGAGCAGUCAAAGUCAUGCAGAAGAUUACUACGAAGGUUAAUGUCUGCCUCCACUGGGAUAAGGAAACUCCUGUCCACCAGAGUCUGUGUGAGUCUCUCUUUGAGGCUUUGCCUCACAUCAGCUCACUCAGUUUUGUGCCUGAGUUAUCAAGAUCUUCAGAAGAAAUCAGGUUCUUUGUGAAACUGUUCUGUGCAGCAGCAGAGAGAGAACAGCUGACAGGAGAGAAGACACUGGAGCUGUUAUCAUCAGUAUGCAGAUAUCAAACACUGCCUCUCAAACAUCAAUGGUGUGAUUUCCUGCUGGACCUGUACUCAAAUGAUCCUACAACAGGUCUGAGUCUCCUUCCAUCAUUACAGUCAGUUUUCCAGUCAGCUCCUCCAGUCUGGACCAUAAACCUCUCAGAGAGAAAGAUCUCCAUCCUCCUGGAAGUGCUGAAACUCCAAUCAGAGAAGAAACAAGUGGAGCUGACAGACUGCUCAGAUGAAGAGAGUGAAGUGAGGAGUUUCCUACAGUGUCUGCCUUAUAUCUCACAGCUCAGUUUCGUGCCUGAGUUAUCACAACCUUCAGAAGAAAUCAGGUUCUUUGGGAAACUGUUCUGUGCAGCAGCAGAGAGAGAACAGCAGACAGGAGAGAAGACACUGGAGCUGUUAUCAUCAGUGUGCAGAUAUCAAACACUGCCUCUCAAACAUCAAUGGUGUGAUUUCCUGCUGGACCUGUACUCAAAUGAUCCUACAACAGGUCUGAGUCUCCUUCCAUCAUUACAGUCAGUUUUCCAGUCAGCUCCUGCAGUCUGGACCAUAAACCUCUCAGAGAGAAAGAGCUCCAUCCUCCUGGAAGUGCUGAAACUCCAAUCAGAGAAGAAACAAGUGGAGCUGACAGGCUGCUCAGAUGAAGAGAGUGAAGUGAGGAGUUUCCUACAGUGUCUGCCUUAUAUCUCACAGCUCAGCCUGAGUGAACUUGACUGACUGUGAUGAAACUUGUACCAGCUGUUGAGAGAGCAGCACAUUAAGAUUUCAGACAUCUAUGAAUCAUCAUUUAGAGUCACCAGAGACAGAUGGAGUGAAGAACAACUGUUAUUUACA